GCCGGGGGUGUUCCAAGCGCCAGGCUUCCCCACAGCGUUCCUCAGAGCCUCAGCGCCUCCUCCGCUGGUUCUCAGCUGCCCGGCCGACGCAUGGUGUAGGGGCCCUGUGGGAAGGGCAGGGAGGGCUAGACCACAGGGGGCUUCCUGAACUGACCUGGCCCUCGUGACCCUCACGCUGUUCGCCCAAGUGGGGAGGGGUCCGAGCUGGAGGCCCCAGAAGCCGUGAGGUCACAGCCUGCCUUGGGACUGCAGGGUUGAGGGCUGCUUGCUGGGACUGACACGGGGCUGUGGGUGCGCGAGGAAGCCUGCAGGACUGAGCUGUGGAAGGAGCUGCUCUUGGGGACAAGCAGGCAGACCCGUGAGGGCGGCCCAGGCUCAGCUCUGGCUCCUGGAUGGCGCGGCGGCGCCUCAGUGGGAGGCUGUGUGCAGAGGGACCAGAGGCAGACCCGGGGAAGCACACAUGGCUUCCUGCGCCGGGGAGGAAGCCGUGGCCCCGGCCAUCCCCCCGCUGAGGCCCAGCGAUCAGUUCCACCUGUUUGUGAGCUACAGCAGCGUGGACGCCGUGUGGACCCACGGGCUCACUGGCCGCCUGGAGGCCGAGCUCCCGGGGCUGAGGGUGUGCCUGCACGAGCGGGACUUCACGCCCGGCAGGAACGUGCUGGAGAACAUGGCGGGCUGCAUCCAGCAGAGCCAGAAGGUGAUGCUGGUGCUGAGCGAGGACUUCGUGCAGAGCCGCUGGUGCCUCCUGGAGGCCGACCUGUCCCUCGUGGGCUCCUGCCUGGAGAGGAAGCCGGUCCUCCCCGUCCUGCUGCGGCCCUGCCGGGUCCCGCUGCACCUCAGCCACCUGACCUACCUGGAGGCCACGGACAGCCGCUUCUACCAGAAGCUGGUGCAGCUGCUGUGCACCCCCAACCAGCGCCUGGCGCGCCCCCCGGCCCUGCGCUCGGCCCCCGCCCUCUACAGCGGGAAGGCCCUGCUGACCCUGGACUGCAUCAACAGGGACAGCCUGCCCUCGUGGAAGGUGGGCAGCUUCAGCACGCUGGCCGUGCCGGACCCCCUGAAGGAGGUGCUGGAGGACCCUGAGCUGUACAAGCGAGCCGUGGGCAUCCUGAACGGCAUGCGCUCGCCCCGCUGCCUCCUGCGUUAUCUGGGCUGCAGGGUCAUCCUUGCCAUAGUCCUGAUUCUCCUCUCCGUGGCCUCGCUGUUCUUACCCUUCAUCUUUGGGGCCUGGCAAAAACAGCCAGCUCAGCAGCUCCUCGUGAUCUGCGCCAAUGUAUUUUUCUGCCCCUUUUUCAUGAUCUUAAGCGUCAACACCCUGUGCUGGCUCCGAAGGUCUUCCAAGAGGACCCUGCGGGAGCUGGCGGGCCGCGUCGGGGAGGCCAACCUGCUGCUGGCGCCGCACUCGGUGCUCAUGGGCUGCGAGACCAAGAACAAGCUCUACUUCGUGUACGUGCUGCUGGGCGACUGCAAGCGGGCCUUCCUGGGCGCCCCCGAGGGCGAGGCCGCGUUCCAGGAGGCCAUCCUGCGGUUCGCCUCCAGCUACGCCUGCUGCCUCGCCCACGGGCACUUCCCACAGUGGGAGGAGGCCGCGGGGGCCCCUGGCCACCUGGAGGUGGGCCUGUGCUUCUGCCAGUUCGUGUCUCUGCAGCUGAGGAGACUCGGCGGGCAGGGGGUCGAGUUGAACCCCGUGUGACGGUCUGAGGGCAGAGGCAGGGCCCCUUGCUGGACACCCGGCUGCCCCUGGGGGGCCCUGCGGACUGGGCUUCCCUGAGCCCGGGGGGCGCACACAGGCCUCUCCCACAGUCCGCUCUGCGCCCCGCCCAGUCAGACCCAACUGACUGCAGACUUCCCUCCAGCUGCCCCAGCUCCUGCUCUGCGGACCUGCGGCCGGCAGAGGGCGUGUCUGCGGCCGCCGCGCCCCCUCCCGAGAGGAGGUGUCCGCAGAGGACUGGCGUCUCCCCAGCGCACUGACUCCGGAAGCGAGCUUCCUUUCCGCGGACCCAGUUCCUCCCCGGGAGAGUAGCCUGGGCGUGGGGACAGCAGGGCGGCACCUGAGGGCCCUGGAUGAACGGCGAGGCCCCAUCGCUCUGCGAACACCAAGCGAGCGGGACUCUGGCAGGGGCCCCCAAGGUUCCUACACACCAGGGCAGGACCGCGGAGAUGUGCAGUGCAUCUCGGUCUCUGCCCUGGCCUCAGCUUAUCGAACUGCAGGUGAGCAGCUGGCAUCCAAGUCCAGUGCUGGACAAAUGCUCCUGCCCUCCUCGGGGAGCCCGCGGUCCAGGGCCGGGUGCGGUGCUGGCGAAGGCUCGGCUAAGCCCCGCGUGGUAUCGCGGCCCCGCAGCCACUCUGACUGGGCAGCCUUGCAGUCGGUCAAGCGCAGCCCGGGACAGCAGCCCCAGAAUCGCAGGCAAAUGCAGCCCCUCAAGGGGCCUGCCCAGCCGCCCCUGAGCCACAGCGCCCUCCCUCCCAGGCCUGCCGGGCACCCCUUAGAUGAGGCCUCCAGAGUGGACCCGGCCCCACCCAACCCAGCCCAGUCCAGGGACCCCGAGGCACUAACCCCAACCGGCACUCAAGCCAGCGCUCCCGUCCCACCUGCCCGCCCCUGCAGGAACACGCCUCCCUGUCUCAUCGUCCCUGUGGUCUGUCGAACUAAAAGGCAGCUCUGAGGCUUCACGGGUCACCUCGGUCCUAGAGCCGGGGUGGCACAAACGGUCCCCCAGCGGGAACUGGCCAGUGUGCGAGGCCCCCGAAGAGGAGGCUCUGGGCCAGGGGCAGCGUGAGCAAAGGUGCUGGGGAGGCGGGGCCUUGGCCUUGGGGGCCCCGCGAUGGUCUCCGACGCAGCCUCUCCGCGGCCCGAGGGGCCUGGACCCCCUGCACGUUAAGGGUUGGGGCUAACGGAGCAGCGUGGCCAGGAUGUGGCAAUGGACGCUACCCAGGGGGGCACGUCCUGUGAGCCCCGAGCGCGCCGAAUGGCCUUGGUGCCGGAACAUUCCAGGGGUCAGCGGUGAAGCAGCUGGACACCGCCCCACCCCCCACGGGGUCCCAGCACCUGGCCUCCGAGAUGCCCAAGACAAGGGCGCCACUUGGGCCUCAUGUGGAGAAGCCACCUCAAGGAGCAGUGGGGGCUCCUGCCGCCUUCCCAGGGACCACCCCCCGCCCCCACCGACUCACUGGGUCCUCUGUCCCCGGCAGAGUCUCAGCUCGUGUCCAUCACACCCGGCUCCAGGCCAGAACUGCUUCCCAGACUGCACAGGUGGCACCCGCAGGCCACACUGGCCGCACCUGACCAGCCCGAGUGUCCACUCAGCGCCCAGGGCGUCUGCCAGAGAGCACGAGCCCUGGGCGCAGAGCCGGGCAAGCGGUUGCCCUUUCGUGCCAGACUCCUGGAGGCAGCACGGGGAGGUGGGGCCGGGGCUGGGGGCAGGGGUCCAAGGCCCUCCUGUGGGCACACGCGCACACAUAUGUAUGUGCACCCACAGGCAUGCAUGCCUGUGGCCCCGUGGCUCCUGAUGACAGCAGCAUUUCUGCCCUGCAGUGCCAAGCCAUGGCAGACAGGCAAAAAGAAGGGCAAUGUGUCACUUCAAAGGGCUGAGAUUUUUCAUCAUGAAGUAGCACAUUUGUGCAACAAGAAAGGGAAAAUGUUCAAACGAGCCUUUCCACGGAACUGUCUCACCGGGCGUGUGCGAAAUCCCAGCCACUUUUGGACCACGUGUGUGGCAGGCAGGCCCUGCCCGUAGCUGGCCCUGGAGGCUCUAUGGGGCUCUUGGGAGUUGGCCGCCCCUCCUCCCCCGUUCCUGUGCAGAUUUCACCAUUGGGGCUGGGCAGCUUCAGGUGUGGGGGUGCUAGACCUGGAGGAGUGGUCCCCCGAGAGUGCCCCUGGUUUCCAGGGUGUUGGGGGCCCCCAGGGUGGUCGACCUCCAACACAGCCCCCCAGUCCAGGGCUGCGUGACCCAGGCUUGCUGCUCCAGGAUAGCAGGACCCCCGCCCCCCUCUCCGCAGCCUGGAUCCAGGGCUGCCCAGGGUCACACUGCCUGCUCUGGCCUCUCAGCCUCACCACCUAGCCUCGCCAGUGGCUAGAGGGUGUGGGGCACCUGGGAGUGGGGUCUUCACGGUGGAAGCAAGACGUGAGGACCCCCACUCUGGGCAGGUGAGGGGUCUUUGUGGGCAGAUGCCCUGGGAAGCGCUUCCGCUGGCCCUGGGGCUAGCGCUCAGUGCAGUGACAGGCAGCAGGGCGCUGAGGCUUUGCCCAGUGCUGGGAGCCCCUCACAAGGCUGCUGGUCACCCAGCCGGCAUGCCACCUGCUGGUGUGCACCCCACGGACUCUGCAGAGACCCCCACCUUGGCCCCGAGGUUUCCUAUGAGACAAGAGAGGAAGGCGUCCAGGGUAAGGUGGCCACGUCCUGAGACCCCCUCAUCCCAGCUCAGGCCUGGAUUCAGCAGGUGUGACCUGGGACUCUGAGUGAUCAGGUCCCUGGGCCCCAUAGGACCCUCCAGGGCCUUUUAGGACCCCUGAUAUUCCCCAAGGUUUUCUAGGCCCCUCCACUGACCCUCCACCUGGCUGGACUCUGCCCUGUGGGUCAGGUGAGCUUUACCAGGGAUGGUUGGGAUGAACCAGAGCUAUCCUUGCCAUAAUUUUCCCCCAAGGUGACAGGGAGGUGGAAUUUGGCCUGAGGUCAGCAGAGGGCUGUCCUGCACCUGCUCUGGGUGUCCUGGGCACUGUGUCGAGGCCAUGAACCGGGAUCCUCUCCCCAGAGGUCCAUCCCGGGGGGGAGACUUGGGUGGGGCCUGGAGGCAACAGGUGAAGCUGGGACAGAGAGUGAGGGCAGGUCCCAACUGCCUCGUCUAGACGGUCCCCAUGGGUCUCAGGGUCCAGCCGUAGCUGAGAGACAUAUUGGCCAAGGAGACAGCUGGGCUGCCUGGUGCUGCAGGGGUCCACACAGGUGACUGGGCUGCUGUGAGGACAAGCAGCAGUGGAGGUGGGCUGCAAAAGGCACCCUGGAGCUGGGAGCUGGCAAGGUGACCCUAGGUCCCUGGGAAGCCUGGCUCCAGAGCGAGUGGCCCAUGUGCCUGUCGGACCCUGACCCAGCACCCCAAUGUAGGGGGGCUUGCCUGGGUCCUAGUUUUACAGACAAGGAGACUGAGUUUCGGGGGGCUGGCCCCAGAGACUGUGCAGCUCCACUUCCCCAUGGCAGGGCUGCAGCCAACUCCUGCUGCUGGCCCAAGUCCCUGCCCCGGGGUCCCGGCUGCUGGGUGAGUGGCAGGAAACCUGAGGGGGGGAUAUCCCACCUGCGGAUGCGGCCACCAGCCUGCAGGUUUGGGAGGCCAGUUCUGAGGGGAGUCCCCGUCCAACACCCCAGGCUGGCUGCCCCCUCUGCCGACCCCCACCCUCUGCCCCAGCUGGGGAAGGACGGGUGUGUGUGUGUGUGUGUGUGUGUGUGUGUGUGUGUGUGUAGGGAGCUGCGUCGUGGACACCUGGGGGGGAGGUGGGAGUGCGUGUGCACACACUGUUGGCAUGUGAGCGUGUGCCUGUGUACAUGCGGCUGUGUACCCUUGGGUUCUGCAUCCGAGGAUUCAAGCAACUGCCCAUCAGAAAUACUAAAGAAAAAAAAUUCCAGAACGUUCCAAAGAGCAAAACUUGAAUUUGUCAAGCUGGCAACUAUCUACAUAGUAUUCACAUGGUAUUAGGUAUUAUAAGUAAUCUAGAGAUGAUUUAAAGUAAGCGGGGGUGGAGGGGGGGAACGUGUGUAGGUUACAUGCCAGUAUUACACCAUUUUCUAUAAAGGACUUGGGCAUCCCUGGAUUUUGGUAUCCACAGACUUCACUAUCUGUAGGGGGGUCCUGGAACCAAUCCCAGAAGUACCAAGGGACGACUGUAUGUGUGCAUGUGAGUACAUGCACACCUGUGCAGACAGGACCCUUGAACGGUCACUACCACAUCGUAGCGCAGGGGGGCCGGGGGGAGGCAGGGCAGAGGGGCGCGUCCUGGCUGCCUUGUUCUACUGCAGGGUCUGCACUGCGGGCUGGACCUACUGCAGGGUCCCCGGCAGGCCACCUGGAUCCGGCUCCCAGCCCACACCCUGACGCUGGCCCGAACCCACGGCCCUCUUGGUCUGAGUCCAUCUUGGAAGCGUCUCCCGGAGCCAGCAGGGUGCUGCCUGCCCCCUCGGGUGAGCCCGGUGGGCUGCGGAGCCCCCAGGAUGUGCGGGGAGGGUGGAGCCCUGCUGUGUGUGUCUCUCCGCCUAGGUGCACCCAAGGGGGUGAGGGAAGCAUCAGUUCAAGAUGUUUGCUAUUGAAAACCCAGGAGGGCCUUAAGAGGAUGUAGCACAGGUGAAUUGUUUUAAUUUGAAAUGGUUUAAAUUUCAUCUCAACAACCUUGGGUUUUAAUUCUAGGAGGUGAGGGAGUUUCAGUUUAAGAUCUGACUCUGACCUUGUGGUGUUGGGCGAUGUCCUGAGAAACAGGAUGUUAAAACGUUCAGAAGAUUCCUGGGGUUUGAAACCCUUAGGAAAUCUAAUUAAGAAGUUUAUCUCCUUGGGGAAAUGUCUUAAAAAGUUCAGAGGGAUUAAAUAUACUAAAUGGAUAAGACAAUAAAGAAGGCUGAACGCCAAAGAAUUGA